GUCUGACUGAAAAGGAGAGAAGAUAGAGAAGGUUAGAAGAGAGAGAGAACACUCCCCGUCCGUUUUUCCCUAUCUUCCUCCUCUCGCUCUGUCUGUCCUCUGCUCUCCCCCUUUCUAGAAAACAUGAAGGAAGAAAGAGAAGAUAAGAAUCCGGGGGGGACGAGUGUGAACAAGAGAAAGUUCGAGGAAAGCAAGAGAGGGGGACAUUAAUAGGCGGGUGGAAGGAAGGAAGAAAUUAAGGAAGGGAUCUAUCCAGCCAUACAACGCGAUUAAACGAGACAUGAAAAAACUAUAUAUUGACCUAUAUUAAACGUAGCUACUCGACUCUUCUCAACUUGUGACGUUUAAAACUAUUUUAGGAUAGUUGAAUACGCAAACUUAGGCUAUUAGGAACCAAGUUAUCGUAUUUUCUAAUUCAUACAUCAACUUCCAGCGUUGCAAGUCACAGCUCACCCCGGAAAAGGAUUUAGCCCCAAGGACCAAGGGGCACCGACGAGGGCAGGUCACCGCAGCCGGAGUUUAGGCGUUGCCACACGGCUUUGACCCGGAGCCAUGGCCGGGGCGAAGCCAGGAGUCCACGCUCUGCAGCUCAAACCGGUGUCGGUUCACGACAUACUAAAACGGGGGAGCAAGUUUAUCAAAUGGGAUGAGGAGCCCAACAGCAGCCAUCCCACCCUGAUUACUCUGAAGGUAGACCCAGAUGGAUUCUUCCUUUACUGGACUGGUGGGGCCAACAUGGAAGUGGAAAUUCUUGACAUUAGCCAGAUAAGAGACACCAGAACGGGGAAGUUAGCCAAACUACCAAAGGACCCACGUGUCAGAGAGGUUUUGGGGUUCGGUAAACCAGGCGAGGGGGGUGUUGCCGUGGAGGGGAAGCUGGUAACGGUCGUCCACGGCAAUGACCUGGUCAACGUAUCCUUCCUCAACUUCCAGGCCAUGCAGGAAGACACUGCCAAGGUGUGGACAGAGGAGCUGUUUAAACUGGCCACAAACAUUCUGUCUCAGAAUGCAUCUCGCAACACUUUCCUCCUCAAAGCGUACACCAAGUUAAAGUUGCAGGUGAAUCAGGAUGGAAAGAUUCCAGUGAAGAAUAUUCUUAAGAUGUUUUCUGAUAAGAAGCGAGUGGAGACAGCGCUGGAGCAGUGUGGUUUGGUCACCAACAGGGUGGAGGGCAUUAAGCCAGAUGAUUUUACAUGGGAAAUGUUCCAGAGCUUUCUACACAGUCUCUGUCUACGACCAGAGAUAGAACGCAUCUUUGUCGAGCUUGGUUCUAGGGGAAAGCCGUUCCUCUCAUUGGAUCAGCUGACAGACUUUAUAAACCGUCGUCAGAGAGACUCUCGUCUCAACGAGGUCCUCUAUCCUCCUCUGAAGAGAGAGCAGAUCAGACAACUGAUGGAGAAAUACGAGAGCAACGCUAGCCAGCUGGAGAGAGACCAGAUCAGUCUGAUGGGGUUCAGUAAAUAUCUUGGAGGAGAGGAGAAUACCAUCGUCCCACCAGAGAGACUAGACAUCAUAGAUGAUAUGAACCAGCCCCUGUCCCACUACUUUAUCAACUCUUCACACAACACAUACCUCACAGUUGGUCAGUUGACAGGUCUGUCAUCGGUGGAGAUGUAUCGCCAGGUUUUGCUGACCGGCUGUCGCUGUAUAGAGCUGGACUGUUGGAAAGGACGGCCCCAGGAUGAAGAACCUUACAUCACGCACGGCUUUACCAUGACCACUGAGAUACCCUUCAAGGAGGUGAUUGAAGCAAUAGCAGAAAGUGCGUUUAAGACCUCUCCCUAUCCCGUAAUCCUCUCCUUUGAAAACCAUGUUGACUCGGCGAAGCAGCAGGCCAAGAUGGCGGAAUAUUGUAGGACUAUUUUUGGCGACGCCCUCCUCAUCGACCCUCUAGAGAAAUACCCGCUGAUCCCUGUUCAGCCCUUACCCUCGCCCCAGGAGCUGCUGGGUAAGAUUCUGAUAAAGAACAAGAAGAAGCACCACCACAGAGCGUCCAGCGGGGGCAACAUGAGGAGGAGGACAGGAGAAAUAGACGCUCUGGAGCAGGCUUCACCUGUUAACGACUUCCCAUUCAGUGACAGCGAGGGGGGCCAGCUGCUGUCCAAUGGGGAAGAGAAGCUAGCAGAGAGUCUGGUCAAGGACGGAGAUCCCCGGAAGUCAAUUGGAGGGGAGGGAGAGAGUGAUGAGGAGGAGGAAGAUGAACCUGUGGCUGAACUGAAGAAACCAAACUCUGAUGAGGGUACUGCCAGUAGUGAGGUAAAUGCGACAGAGGAGAUGUCUACCCUUGUCAACUACAUAGAACCUGUCAAGUUCAAGAGCUUUGAGGUUGCAAACAAGAGGAAUAAGUAUUUUGAGAUGUCAUCAUUUGUGGAGACCAAGGGUAUGGACACACUGAAGAGUGCACCCAUCGAGUUUGUUGAGUACAAUAAGAAGCAGCUGAGUCGUAUCUAUCCUAAAGGGACGAGAGUUGAUAGUUCAAACUACAUGCCCCAACUCUUCUGGAACGUAGGCUGUCAGAUGGUGGCGCUAAACUUCCAGACACUCGACCUGCCCAUGCAGUUGAACAUGGGUGUGUUUGAGUAUAAUGGACACAGUGGUUACCUGCUCAAACCAGAAUUCAUGAGAAGGACAGACAAACACUUUGACCCCUUCACUGAAAACAUAGUGGACGGCAUCGUAGCCAACACCGUCAAGAUCAGGGUGAUCUCAGGCCAAUUCCUGACCGAUAAGAAAGUGGGUGUGUACGUGGAAGUGGACAUAUUUGGACUUCCUGCUGACACAAAGAGGAAGUACCGUACCAGAACUUCCAAUGGUAACAGCCUGGACCCAGUCUGGGACGAUGAGACUUUUGUCUUCAACAAGGUGGUCCUGCCCACUCUGGCCUCUCUGAGGAUAGCUGUGUUUGAGGAGAACGGGAAGUUCCUCGGACAUCGGAUCUGCCCUGUGUCAACCAUCCGACCGGGUUACCACUACAUCAGUUUGAAGAAUGAGAUGAACCAGCCUCUGUUGCUUCCCUCUUUAUUGGUCUACACCGAGGCUCAAGACUACAUUCCUAAUGAACACCAGGAGUAUGCUGAGGCCUUGACCAACCCCAUCAAACAUGUGAGUCUUUUGGACCAGAGAGAGAGACAGCUAGCUGCUCUGAUGGAGGACAACGGCGAGCGUGUAUUGGAGCAGCCGAAGGAGGGAGAGAAGGAUCGGAAGGGCGACGCCCCCCUGGGGAAGAUCCCCUCCCCCCUCCACCCCGUCCCCGCCCCCAUUGAUGACAUCAGCGACCUCAUCAGCUUAUCUGGACCAGGCCAGAAAGAGGAUCUUAUUGCUACAGUCCUGGCAAAUCUCCAGGCUCAGUCUACAGAAGAGUUGAAACAGCAGAAGUCGUAUCUGAAGCUGUUGAAGAAACAAUGUAAAGAACUCAAGGAGCUCCGCAAGAAACACCUCAAGAAGGUGUGGGCCUUGAGUAAAGAGCAGAGGAGUCGCUGUAACCAGCUCCGCUCUGACACACAGAGACGACGCAGUCAGAUGGAGAAACAUCUCAAAAGCAGCAUGAAGAAAAAUGAGCCAGCAGAGCCGGUGCAGAGGCAGUUGACAGCAUUGGAGAUGGAGUUACAGAAACAGACGGUGCAGCUGAGAGAGUGGCAGAUGCAAGAGCUCCUAAAACUACGGCAACAACAACACACACUGGAGAGAGAGAAGAAACACACACACCUACGAGAGGCAUUUCAGAAAAUAAAGGAGACAUCCCAGGAAUGUCAGACGGCUCAGCUCAAAAAACUUAAGGAGAUCUGUGAGAGAGAGAAGAAGGAGCUUCAAAAGAUUCUAGACAGGAAGAGACAGCACAGCAUUAUCGAGGCCAAGAGCAGAGACAGAGACAAGGCUGAGUCGGAACUGAAUGAGAUCAACAGGAAGCAUAUCUCAGACUCUGUCACGUUAAUCCGCCGGUUGGAUGAGGCCCAGUCAAGGCGUCAGGAGAAGUUGGUAAUUGGUCAGAGAGAAGCCCAGCGACACAUAGAGGAGGAGCAACCAUUGCUGCAGGCCCGAUUGGAGCGAGACUUGGAGGCUGAGUUACAACGUCUACCAGAGGAGAUCUGCCAAUACCUGCAGGCGGAACUCGAGUCCAAAGGUCUCCGUAGCGACGCUCUCUUCUCCUUAUCCAAUCACAGCCCUAGCUCCAGCUCGGGUCCGCCCUCCAACUGCUCCACACCCACUUUUCCCUUAACACCCAAUAGGAGCACCUGGAACAGGAGUCUGGACAAUAGCAUUGCCUCAUUGGUGGACUCAUCCUCUUCCUCUACCCCUGUCCUAUCAGAAGCAGAUAUGUAAGCCAUAUGUACAUUUAUGUAAACCUAAUGGUCCUGAGCUUCAGUUCAUUUUUUUGUUAAUGUUUUCAUUAAAAAAAAUAAUGUUUUUUUUAUAUUCUCACCAGGGUUUUAUAUAGAGAGAUAGAUGAGGUUACCAAAAGUUUUUGGUUGAAUUUUGAACUUCCCAGGAAAAUGCCCUAUGCGUGUUUUCACAUGUUGGCCUGCGUCCCAAAUGGCACCCUUUCCCCUAUUUAGUACAUUAGUUUUGACCAGAGCCCUAUUGAGAAUAGGGUACAUUGGGACGCAGACAUAUUCUGUAUGUGGACAGUGGACAAGAAUGUGGAUAUAUUAUUAUUAUUAUUAAUCUGUGUAAUGUAAUAUUGUUGUUUUACAUGACCUGUACUACUGACUAAAGGUGUCUUUGGGGAGAAAGGAGGAAUGAAUGGAGAAGAGGAGGAGAAGUGAUCAUGGUAGUGAACAAUUUAGAUUUUUGGGGGGAGCGAUGCUGAUUUGCUCUGGAAUAGAAAGACCUUUCUCUCCUCUCUCCUCUGGAAUAGAAAAACCUUCCUCUCCUCACCAAUCCUCCCCCACUGGUACUUGCUGCCUGUCUGUCUUGGUAUAUAAUAUUAUAAUAUGCCUCUGUGUAUAUUCAUCAACAUUAUUUUACCACUUUUUUUAAUCUUUAAUUUGUUUUAAUAUUUUUUUGUGAUGGACGAUCUAUUUAAUUUAGUCAGCUGAGCAAAUGCAGAGAUUCUUUUUUGGGUAGGGGGGUUAAUGGUCGGGUUGCUAUGGUAACCAGGGAGACGACUUUGCUGUGUUAUCUUAGCAAUCAUCGUACUCCCUUUUGGUUGUGAGGGUCUAUUUAAAAGUUUGAACGUUUUCAUACACAUUGUUGAUUGAAUGGUUCACACCAUUGCUAGCAGGGAGAAGACCUCACACACACGUCAAAAAAAUGUAAGUUCCAAGUACCGUGGUGUCAGGGUACCUCUAGUGGUUAAGACCAUUGGGCCAGUAACUGAAAGGUUACUGGUUCGAAUCACUGAGCUAAUUAGGUGAAAAAUAUGUUGAUGUGCCCUUGAGCAAGGCACUUAACCCUAAUUGCUCCAGUAAGUCGCUCUGGAUAAGAGCGUCUGAUAAAUUACUAAAAAUGUAUAUGUACAUUUGGGAACCCAAAAGUUGUUUUAUUUUUACACUGAUGUGGUUUCGGAUCAGGGAACAUGAUUUGACAAAAUCCCAAUUUAUAUGUAUUUAUGUACAUCGGAGCAUUAGUUUGGGCUUACAUUUAUUAAUUUUUUUGAUCAGCACAUGUACUUAGUGCUAAAGAUGGUCUUUAUGAUUUUAGGAAACCCACCCUAGUAUGUGUUUAACACACAGAACAACAGCUUUAACCAGUGUCUCUGUGUCUGGCUUUUCCUUACGAGAAUAUGUUUUUAAAAGCUGAAUUUAAAGUUUUGAAACAUU